GAAGCCUACCAUAUCUUAGCUUGCCUACUAUGACGACGCAGCUUUGCGGGAGCGACCUGGAGAGCUCCAUGAAGGAGAUGAAGAUGAGGGAGCUCAAGGCGGCCAUGGUGGCGCGGACCUGCGAGGACUUAGAGCCGCUGCGGGUGGCCAUCGAGAAGGCCCGCGAGGUGGAGCUGGACCAGGGGGAGAUCGACCAGGCCUCCCGCAUCCUCUCGGAGCUGGAGGUGCAGAUGCAGCCCAUGGCCUUCACAGAUGUGCCUCAGGUGGAGAUGCAAGCCCUGCAGGUGUGCACCUCCCGAGAAGAGAUCCUAAAGUCCCUGAAGAGCCGCAUGCGGCUGCCGAAGGAGGGUUUCAAGGCAGAGGUCCUGGCAGAAUUCCACUUCCAGAACUUCAUGUUUUGCCAAAGACAAGGCUUUGGACCUGAAAAGGCCUCCACGCUGCUCUCGCUACUGCGAGUCCUUCAUUCCAAGACUGUCGCUGAGCGUCCAGCAAGCCUGGAAGAGGCGACCGUCUUGCUCGAAGAGCUUCUUGGAAGGCAUAGUCGGCAACUGCCGCCGUUCAGUGUGGGCAUCUUCUCACAGCAGGAGGUGUCUGAGAUCCGGUCCUUCGUCAAGAGGUCCUUCCUGAGGCGGCUCAAGAUGUUCCAGUUCAUCUACAAGCGGCGAGAGGACAUGAGCUUAGUGGCCGCGGCACCGAAGCCCAGAGUGACAAACACAGGGAGCAUGCUCCACAAGAAUUCAGCGGAUCCGCAGGAGGCGCAGCGGGAAGCCGCAGGGGCGGGAACCCGGGCCUCCAAAAGCACCAACGAGCACCUGGACGAGGAAGUGGACUCCGCCCCACGCCCGGCCAACGCUACGGAGGCGAAGGUGCUCCAAGUUAUGGAUGACGCCCUCAAGGACCGGCUGAGCGCACUCGAGUCAAAGAUGAGCACCCUGCCCAUCUGAGAUCUCCGGUCUGUGGUGCGAGCAGGUUUGUGGCCCUUGGAAUUCUGUGGACGAAAUCCUGCACCACCUAAGAAACCAUGGGA